AGAGCCGAGCGGCGGGCGCGCGGCGGGGUCCGACGUCGGCGCUGGAACCCGCUGGCAGCACCCGGCGCGGCAGGGGCGGCUCGCGCGGCGCGGCCCCAGCUCCCCCGCCAGGUCGCAGAGGAGAGCGGGGACCGGCGGGCGGCCGGCGGCGCUGGCAGGAUGGGGAACCGGGAGAUGGAGGAGCUGAUCCCGCUGGUGAACCGGCUGCAGGAUGCCUUCUCGGCGCUGGGGCAGAGCUGCCUGCUGGAGCUGCCGCAGAUCGCCGUGGUGGGCGGCCAGAGCGCGGGCAAGAGCUCGGUGCUCGAGAACUUCGUGGGCAGGGACUUUUUGCCUCGAGGGUCGGGCAUCGUAACCAGACGGCCUCUUGUGCUGCAGCUUGUUACUUCCAAAGCAGAAUAUGCUGAAUUUCUACAUUGCAAAGGAAAAAAAUUUACAGAUUUUGAUGAAGUUCGUCAUGAGAUUGAAGCAGAAACAGAUCGAGUGACUGGAAUGAAUAAAGGCAUUUCCGCCAUACCCAUUAAUUUACGAGUCUAUUCUCCACAUGUGUUAAAUCUCACGCUUAUCGACCUACCCGGAAUUACUAAAGUGCCCGUGGGAGAUCAGCCACCAGAUAUAGAGUAUCAGAUCAGAGAAAUGAUUAUGCAGUUUAUUACGAGGGAGACCUGUCUGAUUUUGGCUGUUAGCCCAGCCAACACCGAUCUCGCAAACUCAGAUGCACUGAAGCUAGCUAAAGAAGUCGAUCCUCAAGGGUUGAGAACCAUCGGCGUCAUCACCAAACUGGAUCUUAUGGAUGAAGGAACAGAUGCCAGGGACAUUCUAGAGAAUAAGCUGCUGCCUCUCCGCAGGGGUUAUGUGGGCGUGGUAAACAGAAGCCAGAAGGAUAUAGAUGGGAAGAAGGACAUUAAGGCUGCCAUGUUGGCCGAAAGGAAGUUUUUUCUCUCACACCCGGCUUACCGACAUAUUGCUGAUCGGAUGGGGACCCCACACCUGCAGAAGGUCCUUAAUCAGCAACUUACCAACCACAUUCGGGACACCCUCCCAGACUUCAGGAACAAACUGCAGGGACAGCUGCUGUCCAUCGAGCAUGAAGUGGAAGCCUACAAGAACUUCAAGCCUGAAGACCCUACCAGGAAGACCAAGGCAUUGCUGCAGAUGGUUCAGCAGUUUGCUGUGGACUUCGAGAAGAGAAUCGAAGGGUCAGGGGACCAAGUAGAUACCCUGGAGCUCUCGGGAGGAGCUAAAAUCAAUCGUAUAUUCCACGAACGCUUUCCUUUUGAGAUAGUAAAGAUGGAGUUCAACGAGAAGGAAUUGCGAAGAGAAAUAAGUUACGCGAUCAAAAACAUACAUGGUAUCAGGACGGGGUUGUUUACUCCAGACAUGGCAUUUGAAGCAAUAGUCAAAAAGCAAAUCGUGAAACUGAAAGGACCUUCCUUGAAGAGUGUAGAUCUGGUCAUACAAGAAUUAAUCAACACUGUCAAGAAGUGUACCAAAAAACUGGCCAACUUCCCCAGACUCUGUGAGGAAACAGAAAGGAUCGUUGCCAACCACAUUCGCGAACGAGAAGGGAAGACAAAGGACCAGGUUCUGCUACUGAUCGACAUCCAAGUGUCCUACAUCAACACCAACCACGAAGAUUUCAUUGGGUUUGCAAAUGCUCAGCAGAGGAGCAGUCAGGUUCACAAGAAAAACACAAUUGGAAAUCAGGGAACCAAUCUUCCGCCUUCAAGGCAAAUUGUGAUUCGCAAGGGCUGGUUAACCAUCAGCAACAUCGGCAUCAUGAAAGGAGGCUCUAAGGGGUACUGGUUCGUCCUUACUGCCGAGAGCUUGUCCUGGUACAAAGACGACGAGGAAAAAGAAAAGAAGUAUAUGCUCCCUUUGGACAACCUGAAAGUUCGAGAUGUGGAAAAGAGCUUUAUGUCUAGCAAGCACAUCUUUGCACUUUUUAAUACAGAACAAAGGAAUGUAUACAAAGACUAUCGCUUCCUUGAGCUGGCAUGUGACUCACAGGAGGACGUAGACAGCUGGAAGGCUUCUCUCCUAAGAGCUGGGGUUUAUCCUGAUAAAUCUUUAGGGAACAACAAAACUGAAAGUGACGAGAACGGCCAAGCAGAGAACUUCUCCAUGGACCCACAGUUGGAGAGACAAGUGGAGACCAUCCGCAACCUCGUGGACUCCUACAUGUCCAUCAUCAACAAAUGCAUCCGGGAUCUAAUUCCAAAAACAAUCAUGCACCUUAUGAUCAAUAAUGUUAAAGAUUUCAUAAACUCCGAGCUCCUCGCCCAGCUGUACUCCUCCGAGGACCAGAACACACUGAUGGAGGAGUCGGCGGAGCAGGCUCAGCGCCGGGACGAGAUGCUUCGCAUGUACCAAGCCCUUAAGGAAGCCCUUGUGAUCAUUGGCGACAUCAACACCGCCACCACGUUCACCCCCGCGCCGCCCCCGGUGGAUGACUCCUGGAUACAGCAUUCCCGCAGGUCCCCCCCUCCGAGCCCCACCACCCAGAGGCGGCCGACGCCCAGCGCUCCUCUCGCCCGGCCUGCAUCCGGCCGGGGGCCCGCACCCGCCGUGCCCUCCCCCGGACCCCACUCGGGGGCGCCCCCGGUGCCCUUCAGGCCUGGCCCACUGCCCCCCUUCCCCAGCGGCAGCGGCAGCGACUGGUUCGGAGGCGCCCCCCCGCAGGUGCCCUCCCGGCCCACGAGGGCCCCGCCCAGCGUCCCCAGCCGGAGACCACCCCCAUCACCAACUCGUCCCACUAUAAUCCGUCCACUAGAAUCCUCCCUGUUAGACUAAACGAAGUGUCUGGCCUGGCAAUUAAUUACUAAUGAAUUAUGUGAAAGCAACAUAUUUGAUCAGUAAAUCAUGAGUAGUCGCAUGUGCGGACAUCAGUAGGCAAGUAACCCGUUUUACUAACGCAUUCGUCACUCAUCGUCAUCGCUCAUGGUGUAUCAGACCUUCGGAGUUUGACUCUGGAAAACUGCUGACCCUUCGAGGCUUUAGAUGUUGUACUGACCAAGGGUAGGUCUGUAUAGCAGCCCUGUAUUUUGAGAGACCGUUUGCCUACCCUGGCGUAUAUUUGAAAUUGCUUUGGACAAGUUCCUAGGUUACCCACCAGGUAGCCCAUUAAGUGUAAUUCUUAAGAGCUUUGAGACGGGCUUAGACCUAAGCCAUAUGUGUAUUUACUUUCCCAUAUUCUGUUUUGGCUGAUAGAAAUUAUGUUGUCUAUCGUGAAUGUUUCCUCCUACUCUAAUGACCUAUUUAGAUCCUCUUUCCAUUCUCUUUAUUUCAUAGGACUGCUAGGAAGUGAUUUUUUUUUAAUUAGGAUUCCUUAAGAAUAGACUUUUCCAGAAGCACAAGGUAGUUUGCAGAGGAAAAGUUAACGCAUUGCUUGCUCUAGAGAGCUUCUCCUCAUCCUGAUGUGUUUUGCUUCAUGCUCGAAGCAUAUUCAACAGCGAACCAAAGCUUAAUUUUCUGGUAGUUGGUCAGAAGAUUUGGCUAGUUAGUUUCAGAGUUCAAGGAAGAAGCAAAAUGUCACAUCUCUAGAAGUGUCUGGAAAUACCUAAUUUCUUUGUUCACAUAUAUAUUCACCUCCCUGUAGGUUACAGUGAAGGCUGACAUGGGAAAUAUUUAACAUCCCACACCGAUCGAGAUGUAGGCGUGGCUAACUCCACUGUGACACGAACUGUAGUGUACUUAUUUAUGUGGUUGGAGCAAGUUUUUCUCUUUCCAAGCUAAUUUGUAAUUCCCUCGUGUAAGAAUUCAUCCUACCCUUAAAGCCGGUUUAACGAACUUUCCAUCCAUCCUAGGCUUGCUUAAUACAUCUUGAGCCUUGCUCUGGGAUGGCCGUUUUUAAAGGGGGCCCUGGAAUGAAAAUAAAAGUCGUUUCAUGAGGGAUGCUGUGCUUCAAGUGCAGGAGCUCACGCUCUACAGCCAUACCUCAGAGUCUCUGCACAGGUCAUUCCAAAAGAUGGAACUAAGACACUGAGAUCUACAGCAAGCUGGCAAAUGCUAACAUUGCAAAAAUUUACAAAAUCGGUUUAGCCUGGGGGUUAAUAGUUCAGUCUGGAGGCUGAGCUGUAGACGAAGUAGGACCAGGUGAUCAGCAUGUAGGAAACAGCCAGAAGCCGAGUGGAGUGCUGUCUGCUGACUGUUCCCAGACAGCAAGUCCUCACUGAACGGCGGCGUCCCAGGACACUAUUUCAUAUUCCACAGAAGUAAAUCAGGUUUCACCAACUGAAAUGUCUCCCUUUGAAAGCAGCAAACAUGAUUUGUAUGUUCACUUAGCUUUAAUUUCCUGUGUACUUUAUACCCAAAGCAGACACCCAUAAAGUAUGAAGGAAAAACUUUCAGCCAUUAUUAAAAAGAGAACUUGCCAAGCGGAAUGGCAUUGUUUCGAAGUUAUUCUAAGGGGCUACAGCUACCCCACUUGUAGUAGGCAACCAUCAGAGACUAUGAGAUUUACAAAAAGAACUUUUCAACUUUUAAGUUACAAGUGAUUCUGUAUAGACCACCACCCCAAGUCCCCAGCCUGAAUCUUAUCUUUUUUUCUCCCCCUCAUUUGAAAAAAUUCUUAACUCUUUGUGAAUGGAACAGAUGUGCAAAGUACGUAAUGUGUUUUUAAAAACAGUGCUGCAGCUAAACGGAAACGUGUUACGUAAAUGUCCACAGUAAAACAAAAUGAUCUACGAGAUCUUUUCAUAAAACUCCCUCUUUCGGACUCCCUUUGCUUCUUCCUUUGAAUUCUCUAAAACAGGCAGCUAGAGGAUUAUAUACUUCAGGGUUUGGCUUUGUGCUAAACGUGGUUUUGCCUUUUGCUGUAUUUCAAAAAUUUCCUUCUGUCAAAGGAAAAUAUUGUGGAUAACCACUGGUGUGUUCUUAGAUCAGCACAAACCAUGUCAAAGAAAAUUGGAGAGGUUUUUCCAACUUUCUUUCCACUGAUCUUCUGUAGUCGUAAACAAUGGCAUUUGUCGUCUCUGGCUUUUGCUCUUGGAUUAUGAGCCUGCAGUUCCCCCGUCCCGCUUGUCUCUGUAGGCACAUUUUUGUUCUCUUACCUCUUCUCAGUUAUGUCUAACAGAACCCAGCCUCCCCUGGGGUUCCAGAAGCACUGUGGAGAAUACUUUGUUUGCCGCAGUACUAGGAUUAGUUUUAAUACCAUUUCGCAAAGGGUUUGCAUCCUGCUAAAAGGAGAUGUCAAGGUGAAUGAAGUCAGAAGCUCUAAGAUGUGUGCGAAGUACAUUGUUCAUGCCAGGCCCUAAGGUGGGAAUGUAGCUUCAUGAGCUAAGAGUUUCCCGUACCACCUUUCAUCUUUUGAGUAGCUUCCUCCUAACCGACCGCUCUGAUGCCGUCUACACAACAGAUUUUUAGCAAAAUAAAACAUACGGUAUCUUUAGGAUUUGGAAAAAUUCACUGUGUAUGCCUGUUUGAUAGGUCACUUCUUGUCACUUGCACGCUUAUCGACUAAUUGGAAUAACCAUUUACUCAACUGUGGACAGAUUAUUGAAACAGUAUCAAUUUAGAGCAGAUAUAUUGCAUUUCCAGAAGUCCUCUACCAAGAUUACUCUUCUGAAUGUUGCUUUUAGCUGACUUUUGUAACGCAGAAAAGCAGUAGGGCCUGUUGAUUAGCCAGUUGCCUACUUGUUCAGCAGCAAACUCGUUCUGUUCCAAAACAUGAUGAUGAAACCAGUUCCUGUGAUAGAACUGUAAGCCUUCUAAACUUAGAAUUUAAACGUAGUCCUAUAGAUUAAUUUUAUGAUUUUUUAGUAUAGACUGUAGCCAUAAUUCUCAAAUAUGAAGUGGGACCUAAUACCAGUAUGUGAUAAAUGUUGACGUUUCCUCUGUACAAACAUAUUUUCAAUGCAUGUGUCUGUGUAUACAGUAUAUACAUGGGAAAUUCAUUUCUGUAAGUACACGUGUUUUGGUGCCCCUUUGGGUAGGUAGGUUUAAAAACCCUUGCUAAAAUGCCACAAGCAUGUGUGAUUGUGUGUGCAUUGUGUAUAUAUGCUACGUGUGGGUGUAAAUAUUCAUGUAUACAUGUGCUUUGUGGGGGGGGUAUGAAUAUAUUUUUUAAACUGUGUUAAUUCAAGAGCUCACUCUGGAGGGUCUGCUAGAAUACGUAACAGAGGUUUGUAGAACCGUGAUAACAUACGUGAGGUUCCAAAAUGUCUUCCAGGACAGGCACAAUGCUCAGAAUGACCGUGACAACAUCCACAGACAUUUGUACCGAGGCCCACAGCACUGCGUAUCUAAGGAGAAAUGUCCUUUGCUGAAUGUAGCGUAAGAUCAGGAAACCCACUUCUAAGAACUCUGAGUGGAAUUAUGAUUCUUGGAUUGCUGAGCUGAAUCUUAAAAAGCUUAAAUUGGUCUACAUAGUCAUUUUUUUCCUCCACGGUAAAUGUCAAAAAAUAAAGUGGAGGGAUACUGCAAUGUAAUAAAAAGAGCGGGCUCUUCUGAGUAAAUUCACUAAACAUGCAGGGAAGUUGUUACUUAGUACCUCAGUGGUAGGUAGGUCAUCCAUCCCUUGUUUCAGGUAAACAUUUCUCAUUUGGCAAACAAGAUAAGUAUUUGAAAUUGACAGUUAUCUCCUUAACAUUGAGAAUACGACCUAAAUAGGAGGUCUCUGUACCGUGGAAUCCAGUCGAAGGAGAGAAGACGUAAGACUCAGGUUGAGUUUUACGUCUGCUUCACCAAGAGGACUGCUAGCUGUGAGCUCAGAGUUUAACGUGAAGAACACUAGAUGACUGUAGAAAAAUACGUGAUUAGUUCCCUAGAUCACUCACUCCUUUCUUAGAAGUUUCGAUGUGUCUCCUAGAUAAUCUUAAGUCAUCCCGUCCAGUUGGUAUGCUUAAAAUCAUGCGGUGCUCUGUAUUGUGAAACCUUCAGAAUAUUUUGAAGCAUGUGUAGCAUACGCAUUGCUAGUUGUACAUAUGUGUAAGAAUGUGUGUAUGUGUGAGAGCGAGAGAGGAAACUCAAGGAAGAGUCUCCUGUUUGUCUUAAGACCUGUUUAUACUGGUAUACCGGUGAGACUUCUCACCUCUCUGGUCUGGGGUUUCACACAUGGCUCAGCUCAAGGCAUUCAUUUCUUCUUAUUUUUUUACCCUUUGAAUUCCUUAAACUUUGCUCAUUGUGUAAUGUUUUCAAAAAAUAUGACAAAAAAAUUUACUCUGUUGACCUCCUGCACUGUCUGCUACCAGUUUGAUAAAAAAAAUGAUUCCUCUCAACUAGAAAUUUCACCGUGACUUAUGUUUAAUUUCAUAUGUACAGCCUCUGUGUUGCUUGCUCAUCUAUGUUUCUUUUUUCUCACUUUUCUGACUCAAAUUCCCCUUUUGCUUUUUUAUGAAGAAGCCGUGUGUAGAAGCAAAAUCUUACCUU